UCAGCAAGGGUUUCGAAGGAAUCAUCAAGCCCCAUUCCGCCAGAAUUUGCCAGUGAUUAAAAGGCAGCCAAAUAAGAAAAAUCAACGGAAAAAUAAAGUAUCUUCUAAACCCUUUACAACAAAUGGAAAUCAGAAGAUAAAUAUGCAGCCAAUUAGAAAAAAUCACUUAAAAAAUAGGACCUCCCCAAGACCAUCAAUAAUAAGUGGACAACAGAAUUUAAAGAAUCAGUCAAUUUCACAAAAUCACAGCACUACCCCAAGACCAGCAAUAAUAGUUGGUCAACCAAAUUUUCCUCUCAAUGGUUUUAAUGCAAACCUACUGGCAUUUCCAAAUGCAAAUAUGCACAUUGGAGGACAUCCAAUGCUUGUAACCCUGGCCAACCCAAACCAACCAAACGAUACACCAAAUGGUCGCAUAUUUUCAUUCGGUCAAAAUAGCCCUGUUUCGGGUGGUACUACACCAUUGAAUUUUAUGGGUCUUGGCAACAUUUUGCAAAACACCUUCUCCACUGUGGAAGAUAUUAAAAAGAAACCCUUGAAACAAAAGAGACGCAAGAAGCGUCCGACGAGGAGGCCAAAACCUACGAAAAGACCAAAGCCAACAAAGAUCCCCAAGCCGAUCGUGAAGCCACCAAUUAUUAUUCAGCCGCCUCAUAUUAUAUACGUGCCGUAUUGUCCAAAUAAACCUACAACCACCACAACAACAACCACAACGCCUGCUCCUACUACAACAUCAACCACGACGACCACAACUACACCACCGCCUCCAACGGCCACUACCACAAGCACAACAACUACUACAACAACGGAGGCCCCUACAAGUUCGAGCACAUCAUCUUCAACCACAUCGACUACUACCACAUCUACAACCACAACAACAACAACUACUACUACAACGACAACUGAAGCGCCUACGGAAGCUCCAACCGAAGCGCCAACAGAAGCCCCCACCGAGGCACCAACUGAAGCUCCCACCGAGGCACCAACUGAAGCUCCCACUGAGGCUCCAACUGAAGCACCCACCGAGGCACCUACUGAAGCACCCACCGAACCACCAACCGAACCACCACCAGACGAAACGACAACCACCACCACAACGACGACAACCAGACGUCCACGCCCACCAUGGUGGCCUUGGGAUAACAGAAGAAGUUCGUUAUUAAGGUCGUGGUCAUGGAAUUUGAGAUAUCAUGAUUCCAAUUCCAAUGAAGUGAAUUAA